AUGUAUGUUAAGAAAAUAAGAAUAAUUCAAGCAGGAACGCUUUUCAGUUUGUUAUUAAUGACAUAUACUUAUUACAGAUCUUACAAAAACAGUCCUGACAAACGGCUCAAAUCUGAAGAGUUUGCUGUAGAAAGCAUGAAUACACUUCACGGAAAGAUACGAAAUGAAUUUCGCGUCCCAAAACAAAACACACACAAUGUGAUUGGCCUCAAAAAUGAAGAACUUAAAAAAACUAGAGCUAAGGACUUUGGAACCAAGAAUACCACAACGAUAACAAAGUAUGUUGUCAUGACAACAACGACUCCGGAUCCAACCAUUGAUGGAGACAUUUCCUGGAGUUAUGCAUUUUACCUUCCGGUUACCGUGCAGGUGUAUGCCAAACUUAACUUUAAAAGUAUAGUCGUCAUAACUGGGAAUUAUUCGACAUGGGUAACAAAUCCAGCGUUGAGAGUAAUUCAUGAUAACUUAAGGAUGGACCCAAAUGUAAAAUUGAUUAUUCUUGAAACAACGCAUAAACUUCAAGCAUUGAUGGCAAUGACAUCAAGAUUAUUGGUCGCGUAUUUCGUCCCAGGUUUGAAACCCGAUGACAUCAUAAUGACGGCUGACGCUGAUUUGUGGCUUUUCGAACAAAGUGGUAGAGACUACGUGAACUACAAUAGUUUGUCUGAGAUCUUAAUUACAAAUGCGUUUUGUUGUGGAACGUUUGACUUCGAUGGAAUUAAAAUCCCGCAUUAUGCAAUAUGUCAUAUCUCAAUGACCAUGGACCGAUGGAAAGAUGUCAUGAAAGUAGACAGUUAUUUCAAUGGAGUAAACAAUGCAAGUGAAGAAAAAUACGAAGAAACAAUCCAGGUCAAAGGCAUUGAUCAAAUAAUUCACAGAAUAAACUAUGAUAAUUUUGGUGCAAUUGUCAACUCUGAAAUCACAACUGCAAAUUAUAUAGAUGAAAGAUUGAUAAGUCAGAAACUUUAUGAAUAUCAAAAAUCUUCAAACGUUCCCCUCAAAAAGAAAGAGCUUUUGACUCGGCGUGAUAGAAUUGAUCGCAGCAAUUGGCCCCAGGACUCUAACUUCCAAGUAAACGAUAAGAUUGAUGCACAUUUGCCUCGAGUAUCACUCUCGUUUGAUGGGCUGUCGAAAAUAGUGGGUCUGAUGAAAAAGAUAUUUAAAGGAAAACAGCUUGAUUAUGUGUUGAAAUAUGCAAUGGAUGUUAUUGCUCUGGAAGAACAUCAUUAUGAAUUAUGGCCUCUCUGGUCCUAUCUCAACAAAAUCAAAUAGCAAACAACAGUUCGAUAACGUCAUUUACAUAUUAAUGACCGAGUUGACUGAAUAUGUCAGUUGUGUUAGUUCUCCUUAUGAUGACUUAUAUGAUGACUUAUGAAAUGAUAAAAAGUUAUUGUGUGAUUAAUUGUUGAUAAACGUGAUGAUAUGGUAGAUAACUGUGGACAAAUGUGAUCACACAACUGUGGACAAACAAAUAAUGUCUUGGGUAAUAUAAGGUCGUUGCUAGAUUGGAAUAAUACCAAGUAAGGUAUUUAUCUAUCACUGAUUGGUAUUUGUUGUGCAUUUUGCUAUAUGAAUGCUUAAAAACAAGUUUAAUUUGAAAUGGUUGUGUGUAAUUAAUACUAGUAUUUUUUCGUAAAUUCUGUGUCAAAAGUUGUACAUACCUAAUUUUGUUUGCUCGACCUUAAAAGAGUAAGUGGAAUAAUAACAUUUCGAAACUGUGUCUGUAUUACAAUGACACUCAUGACAGCAAGCAUAUGAUAUUUGAGUGUCGAUCGCUAGGAAAUCUUUGGGUUAAUGUUGGGAAGAUUUUAAAAUGUAAUUUUCAAUGGAAAAAUAUAAUAUUAGGGUUAGCAUUUAUGUAAAUUGGAGUAAAGACUCGGAGGAUUAUGAAGGACUUAAGGAUGUAAAUUUUAACAAUCAAGCCUUUCUAUAUUUAUCCAAGUAUGUUGAAAAUAUGAGACAUAUGAAGAAGAAAAAUAAUGAAGUGCUGCACCUUUUAGAGGACUGCAUUAAUACUUUUGAAC